AUGGCCGAUCAACAGAAAACACAGCCAGCAUCGCAACCAUUGUCCACAGCAGACCGAACGGCGACCCAGCCGGCCGUACAACCCGAGUCUGAUGCGCCUACUGCGGACAAGGAUGCCAUGGCUGCCAACCACAUCGACGCAGCCUCGCUGGGCGGGCUUUCGGCGGAUAAGUCGCAGGCAGUUCUUCUCUCUAGCAUCCUCGAUUACCGCCGCGAAAAUGGCCGCACAUAUCACCGUCUCAGCGACGGCAAAUACGUCAUUCCCAACGAUGAGCUCGAGCAAGAACGUCUCGAUAUCGCAAACCAUCUCUGGAUGCUGACCUGGGACGGCAAGUUCUGCUUGUGCCCGAAGAACGAAGGUGCUAAGCGAGUACUCGACGUCGGCACAGGUACCGGUAUCUGGGCCUUGGACUACGCCGACGAGCACCCGGAGGCCACAGUCAUUGGCGUAGACCUGAGUCCCAUCCAGCCCGGCUUCGUCCCGCCCAACUGUUUUUUCGAGGUCGACGACGUGGAGCAGGAGUGGACUUGGCCGGAGCCCUUUGACUUGAUUUUCUCGCGCAACAUGGCCGGCAGUCUCCAGGACUGGCGUGGGUUUGUCGCGCAGGCCUUCGGGCACCUUGAGCCGGGCGGGUAUCUCGAAGUCCACGACAACCUGUACCCGCUCGAGUGCGACGACGGUACCUUGAAGGAAGACUCGGCGCUGUUCCAGUGGUCCAAGUACAUAGUCGAGGCCACGGACAAGAUCGGCCGUCCUAUUACUAUUGCCCCCCAAAUCCCCAAGAUCCUCGAGGACGUUGGCUUCGAGGAUGUGGUGGUCACGAGACAGAAGAUGCCGGCGUCGCCGUGGGCCAAGGACCCGAAGCUCCGUGAGCUGGGCAGUUGGACGCAGGCGUCGCUUCUUCCCGGCAUCGAGGGCCUCUGCCUCGCUCUCUUUACUCGCGUCCUGGGUUGGAAGCCGGCGGAAAUCUUGGUUUUCUGCGCGAACGUGAGGAAGGAUGCCAGAAAUUUGGGCAUCCACGCGUACUGGUACGGCUACUCCAUCUAUGGACGAAAGCCGUUUCCCAAAGGAGAGAAGCCGGCCCAUGCCUCAUGA